AAAUGGGAGCAGAACGUCCGAUCCUUCGCAUGAGGGGGUCAUUCUGACUACAGGGCCGAUCCUUCGCCUGAAGAGGUCAUUCUGACUACAGUUGCCACUUGUUGCUAAACCCUUCAGGGCUUCAAUACUCGACCACCGCAAAUACAUUGAUAGCCUACACUUUAAUCCUACACGUUAAUCUAUUCUCUCCAAUAGAGACGCGGAUCUCGAUGUUGAAUCAGGAUUCAGGAAUACUCCCACAACUAACAUUGAAAGGAGAUACUUUGUCAACUGUUUGAUAUUUCGGUCUAAUCUGACGGGCGAAGCAUGGUUGAUAAUACCAGUAUAGCAACUAAAUCUGCUUUGCAAGCAGCGUUCUCAUCGCCCAACAACCUCCCACUGCUCGUCUCCUCUGCCUCCACACACAGCCACUUCCCCGGCUCACACUCACAGUCCCAACAGCCCAGCAGCGGAGGCAUGAAGCUAGAGGCGGUCAUGGAAAACCUCCAAAGACAGCAGGCUGCCCGCCUGGCGUUAGAAGAGAAGCUUCGUCAGGCAGAGAAAGAGAAGGAUCUCCGCUCCAUGGUCGAGUCCCAGAUACACCAACAAGCCCUCGCUUUCCACCACUACCAGGCAGCGGUCCGGGGCGCUUUCGCCGCGGGAGUAGCGAACUCUUCUCCCAGCUUGGCGAGAUCCGCUGAACCGGGACUGGCUGUCCAUCACAGUUUCGACGCCCGCAGGCACUCAGAGAGAGCCGACGACUCCGAUAUGGAUGAUGAUCCAGAGGGGAUGGACCGAUGCAUGAAUGAUGACGACCGGAAUCUGGAUGGAGAUGACAUGGACAACGAAGGAGUCGUGGAUGAUGAGGAUGAAGAGGACAUGGAGGGGGCUCUCAGCCACUACCAGCCCCACCACCCCAUGCGCCCCGGUGCGGGACACUCUCCGAAGGGCACCCCGGUGCAGUUCAUGUCUAUAAUUCCUCCCUCCUUCGUUGCGCCCCGGCAGUUGGAAUCCCCGGGCGGGAUGGCACCACAGUCUCAGAACCACGAAUGGACUUACGAGGAGCAAUUCAAACAGUCAGGACAAGGCAGUGCACCAGAGAGGAAGCUGGGAAAUUCAAGUGUCGGUAUCGGUGGCGGCUCCUCGUCUCUGAUUCAGGAGUUGUACGAGUUGGAUAACGAUGACAAGAGGAAAGAGUUUCUUGAUGACCUCUUCAGUUUUAUGCAGAAGAGAGGGACUCCAGUGAAUCGUAUUCCUAUCAUGGCCAAGCAGGUGUUGGAUCUGUACACGCUCUACAAGCUGGUCACAGAAAAAGGCGGCUUAGUGGAGGUCAUCAAUAAGAAAAUAUGGCGUGAGAUCACCAAAGGCCUCAACCUCCCUACCUCCAUCACCAGCGCAGCGUUCACCCUGCGUACUCAGUAUAUGAAGUACCUCUACCCUUACGAAUGUGAAAAGAGGGGCCUGAGCUCCCCCGGAGAGCUCCAGGCAGCUAUCGACAGCAACCGCCGUGAGGGACGUCGUCAGAGCUACGGGUCGGCCAUCUUUAACUACUCUCCAAUGGGGACAUCCUCCAUCGUCUCCUCCUCCAAGAUGAACAUGCCUCACCUGGCCAUGUCCACCCUCAAUGGAGCACAUGUGACCCAGGGACACAACAUCAAGAAAGAGGAUGGUCUGAUGGCGGGUUGUCUGUCGGGUCGUGUCGGGGGGAUACCCAUGUCUCUGGGAGGUCACCCCCAAGCCGCGGCAGCUCAGGAGGCUGCAGGGCUACAGGCUGCAGCGUUGGAACAGCUGAGGCAGAAGCUGGAGAGCGGGGAGCCGCCGGAGAAGAUGGGGAUGGCCGAGGAGCAACAGAGACUCAUGCAGCACGCGGUGCAGCAGAACCUCCUCGCCAUGGCAACGCAGCUUCCCAUGAACAUCAAGAUCAACAACCAGGCUGAGCGGAUGAGAGAUGAUAGACAAGAGACUCCAUUGAACCUGUCUACCAGCGGCAUUAGCAGCAUCAACAUGUCAAUAGAAAUAGAUGGAGUUGUCUACACAGGUGUUCUGUUUGCCAGGAAGCCCUCCCUCCCUACGAUGCUGGGCGGUCACCGGGUCCAGAACCAGAAUGACACCUUCUCUCAGGGAAAGACCAGUCCGGGGAUGAACUCCUCCUCCAUACAGAUCCAACCGUCCUGCUCCUCUUCCUCCUCCUCAUCCUCGGUCCAUGGACAUGGAAACUCCUCCCCCUGAGCUGAGACCCACCCACAGCUCCACCCCCUAACCCCCCGCCCCCAUCAUUCCCCAAAGACAACAAGCGGUCUGAGAUACCAGAAGAAAAUACUUCUAUUGUUUUUGAAGGUGGUUUUUCCCUUCCUCCUCCUCUUCCUCUUUCUCCUACCUUUUCUCAAACUCCCUUAUUCAAGUUGAAAGAAUUAAAAUAAAAUGUUUUAUUUACUGAGAAAA